CCCGCCGAAAAUGCUGAAUCGACAGAGAUCGCAGAUCUCUUUAUCUCAAUCACCGGCCGGAAAUCGGUCCGUCUCAAGCUCACAACCCUAAUUUCUCAGCAUGAUCUAAUGAAGAUAGCGUACCAACAGCUCAAAUCUGAGAUCAAAUCAGGUUUGCUCGAGGUCCUGGGCGUGGAUGAAGAUCAAGAUAAAGAUGACAAUUUAUUGUGGGAGCUAUUGAAGAAAAGAAGAUAUAAAGCACCGGAGAGCCCCAUGGGACCUGGAGGACUAUUGUGCUUUGAACCCAAUGGCAAGCGUCAUAAAUCCACAAGGGAAGUAAGGCCGAUGCUAGCUAAUAGACCUAUUACUCGGAGUCGUAUGAAUGCGUUGAGUGGGUUACUAGGUCCCCAAACCCCUUGCAAAGACAGUCGGAUUCCCUUGGGCUCAUCGCCUUCAGCAGCAAUUCAGAAAGUGUAUUGUAAACUAGCAUUUUGUUUUGGGCUGAAUCAUUUUUCUUACCUACAGGUUGUAAACUAUGCCACAAAAGCCGCCAUGGCAGGCAAAGAACUCGUAGAGAAUCAACAAGAAAAAUUAAUACAACUUGUUCACAUGCUUAGAAAGAUUGAAACCCAAGUUAAUUCUCGCCAAAAUGAUAUCCUCCAGACCUUAGCUUGCCACCGUGUCUCCCUCCACAAAAUUUUCUUGAAAGUCAUGUGUAGUUUAUCCAACCUUCACAGUCAAAACCAUGAUACCUAUUUCGUUACAUUAAAACUCUUGCGAGCCAUAUUUGACUUCAUGGGUUCAGUAUUUGGCUCAGUUGAGAAUGGUGUGGAUGAACUAAUAGAGAAUUUAGCUGAACACAUGUGUAAUCCAAUGGUGGAAUAUGUCAAGGGCCUCAAGGCUGAUAUGAAAUUUGGGACAUGUGCUCGCUUACUGGCUGUUGUAGAGGAGAUGGACAUAGCAGUAAAAAAAGGAAGGAUUGAGUUGGAGGAAGCAAGGUUGAGAGUGAGAGUGGCAGAAGAGGGGAAGAUUGAGGCAUUGUGCAAGUUAAAGGAAGCAGAAGAGAGAGUUAGGAGAAUGAGUGAGAGGGUUAGGUUCCUCCCGGAAGCCAAAACAGAAUCUAGAGAAUCUUGUGUUCUAAAAAAGGUCCUGGGCGUGGAGAAGAUCAAGAUAAAGAUGACAAUUAUUGGGGAGCUAUUGAAGAAAAGAAGUAUAAAGCACCGGAGAGCCCCAUGGGACCUGGAGGACUAUUGUGCUUUGAAACCAAUGGCAAGCGUCAUAAAUCCACAAGGGAAGUAA